GAGCCGCCCCCUCCCGGGGUGCCGGUGCCCGCGAUGUGCCGCUGGAGCUGCCCCGUGUCCCGGGGUGACCCUCGUCCCGUCCCUGUGCCGGGGUCACCAGCGAUCGUGUGGCAGGAGGGGACGAGGCUCCCCCCGGGCUGGGGGGGCUGAAGGUUUUCAGGAUGAAUCUGGAAAAACUCAGCAAACCAGAACUACUGACACUCUUUAGCAUUCUAGAGGGAGAAUUAGAAGCAAGAGAUCUUGUCAUAGAGGCCUUAAAGGCCCAGCACAGAGACACGUUCAUCGAGGAACGCUAUGGCAAGUACAACAUCAGCGACCCACUGAUGGCUUUGCAGAGGGAUUUUGAGACCCUGAAAGAGGGGAAUCACGGUGAAAAACAACCAGUAUGCUCCAAUCCUUUAUCUAUUUUGAAAGUGGUGAUGAAACAUUGCAAGAACAUGCAGGAAAGAAUGUUGUCCCAACUGGCUGCUGCAGAAAGCAGACACAGAAAGGUGAUCCUGGACCUGGAGGAGGAGAGGCAGCGGCACGCCCAGGACACGGCCGAGGGGGACGAUGUCACCUACAUGCUGGAGAAGGAGCGGGAGCGGCUCACCCAGCAGGUGGAGUUUGAAAAAUCCCAAGUGAAAAAGUUUGAGAAAGAACAGAAGAAGCUGUCAAGCCAGCUGGAGGAGGAGAGGGCACGCCACAAGCAACUGUCUUCCAUGCUUGUAGUGGAGUGCAAGAAAGCCACUGCCAAAGCAGCUGAGGAGGGGCAGAAGACAGCAGAACUGAGCUUGAAAUUGGAAAAGGAGAAGAGUAAGGUGAGCAAGCUGGAAGAGGAGCUGGCAGCCAAGAGGAAGCGGGGUUUGCAGAUGGAAGCACAGGUCGAAAAGCAGCUCUCGGAGUUUGACAUUGAAAGGGAACAGCUGAAAGCCAAGCUGAACAGAGAAGAAAACCGUACAAAAGCACUCAAAGAAGAGGUGGAAUGUCUGAAGAAAGCCCUGAAAGAGCUGGAGGCUUCUCAGCAGGAGCACAGUCCCUCUGAGCCUUUGCAGCCAAGCCCCUCGGUGAUGUCCAGAGGUGUCACAACCGACAGUCCCCCGGUGAAGUCUGUGUCUUGCCAGACCGAGUGUCUGCAGGCAGAGAGGGCAAACCCUGCCAGCACAAGCAAAGCUGUUCACAGCAUGUUUCCCAGCCCCUCUGCACCGGUUCACUCCUAUGCAAAAUCCAAUGGGCAUUGUGACCUGGAUGGGCAGGCAGGUGGGGAGCCCCUGCAGACACACCCCGCAGAGAGCCAGGUUCAGAGGGAGAGAUCUGCUGGUGCAGCCUCGGAAAGCGCGGUGGAGAACGGGAGUUCUCCCGUAAGAACGGAGUCACCGGUGCACCUGAUGUCCCAGCACCCUGCUGGGGGGGUCUCCCUGUCUCCCAGCAGCACAGCUGGGUCCUCCCUGACACCUUCUCCCUGCUCCUCACCGGUGCUGACCAAACGCUUGGUGGGAGCCUCGGCCAGCAGCCCUGGCUACCAGUCCUCCUACCAGGUGGGCAUCAACCAGCGCUUCCACGCAGCCAGGCACAAGUUCCAGUCCCAGGCGGAGCAGGACCAUCAGUCCAGUGGGCUGCAGAGCCCCCCCUCCCGGGACCUGUCCCCCACCCUGGCAGACAACUCAGCAGCCAAGCAGCUGGCCCGCAACACGGUCACUCAGGUGCUCUCCAGGUUCACCAGCCAGCAGGGCCCCAUCAAACCCGUCUCCCCCAACAGCUCCCCCUUUGGCACGGACUACCGAACCCUGGCCAGUGCUGGGAGCCCCAAAACCGAGGCUGGGCACUCCCCCAGCCCUGUCAAGGUGUCCAGCCCGCUCAGCCCGUUGUCUCCUGGGAUUAAGUCACCGACCAUUCCUAGAGCAGAGAGGGGGAACCCUCCGCCCAUCCCUCCCAAGAAGCCUGGCCUGGCUCAGUCACCUGCUGCUCCUGCUCCUCUCACCAAAAGCCCUGCCCAGGCGUCCCCCCUGGGUGCCCCCAUGGACGUGGCAAGCAGCUGCUCCAACAACGCUGUCGUGUCGAAUGGCAAAGACCUGGAGAUCCUCCUGCCAACCAGCAGCUAGUCUCCAGAAACUGGGAAUGUGACAUUCCGCGGCUCAGCACCCUGGAGCUAAGACACUGUUUUUUCCACUCCAUGUUAUUUAUUUCCAUAGUAGCAGAUUCUGUCUGUAUAAAGCAUUUAGUAUAUUUUUUUUUUCUUUUUUUUUUUUUUUAAUAGGUAGGAAAAUAUUUUUGUUUAUGAAGAAACCUUACCUACAGCUAUACAGUAGCCUCCAAACGUCUCAUGGCAACAGUCAAAUCAUUAGAGAGAACCAUAAUCGUGUGGUGGGACCUAUCAACCUCUAAUGGGACUGAAAUGCUACUUUUAAAUUAUGCAGAAAAAGAUUUUUUUGCAGACUUUUUACUCCAGAUGAACAUUUUAUAAAAGUGCCUGAACUAAGCCUGCAAUAUGAAUGUGAUUCUCGGGAAAAGGUGAGGAGGGGACCAUCUAGCUGCAGAAACAAAUCCUUCUGAGUCCUGAAUGUUGAAACCAACACUGGUUUUCUUUUGAAUCCUUUCCAUUUGCUACAAGAAGUUAGCAAAUACACUACAAAUUCUGUAAGGUGACCACCAGACCAACACAGCCAGCCAUGCUGUGCCCUUCAGGACACAGCUCCCAGCUAAUUUGAGGAAGCACAUGAGUUUUUUUGGGGUAAAAUGUAGCUGUAAUACAACCUGGAUACUUUUUUUCUCACAGUAUUUCUUGUCCAUAUAGUUCUUUUUGCUUUCCUCUCACACAUUCUGCAGAGAUGCCUGUGUGCUUUAAAUGGCUAAACUCUGGUUUGUGGUGUGUCACCCAGAAUUUUCGAGCUCCUCAAGCAUUCUACUGUUGUGUGUAGAACUUCUGAGAAAAGGAUCUUUCUGUUACUUGACAAAGAUCUCACUAUUACUUGAAAAAAAAUCACUAAUCCACAUGACACAGUUUUUUUGCAACAGUAACAUGGGAUCUUCGACUAUAAACAAAAGCAAUAAUUUUGUUCCUCAUCUCUGUCAGUUGUGUCUGACUGACCUGGAUUUUACCCACGAGCUUUGGGAUCUUGCUGGCUUUCCUUGGCUGCAAUUAUGGAACCAAAUCAUCACUGCUGUGGAAAUGAAUAUGUAUAUAUGUGUAGGUAUAUCACACACAUAUGUACUGAACACACAGUGUAUUAGGGAAAUCUUUAUAUGCUCCUGAUCUCCUGCCUAAUAGGAAGAAGAUGUGGCAAUUAAAAAAACCAUUUAGUGAGGAAUUGUCUAAGUUGGAGGCAAAUCACGAGUGUGAAAAAGCAUUUGGGCCCGAGAGGGGAGAAAGCAGCUGGUUCCUGUGCAGAAACAUUUGCUGCAGGCAAAGCAGCCAGCACAGCACAGUGGUUUUCUGAGUCACUGUGGUGAGAAAUACAGGAGAAACCCCACAGAUCAGUGGCAGGGGCUGAGAGCACAACCCUGAGUUAAUGAUCUCCGGUGUUGGAUGGGAACUGAUCCUAAAUUUAGAACCUGGACUUGCUGCCCGGUAUCGUCCGGCUUUGAGAGCCCUUCCCUGGGUGCAGUGUGGUGUUUACACAGAGCACAGCUUCCCACUGCCAGAGACACCUUCUCCUUUGCCAGUUUUCAGUAUUUCCAUAGAUAAAACACCUUUGCUGGGGGGAGGAUCCCUGUGCCCUGGGAGGAGGCACUUGUGGCCAUGGCAGGGAGGUUCCUUCAGGCUUUGAGCCUCGUCCCAUGGGACAGCAGAGCUCUGGGCUGCUCUGAGUGACCCCACACACCGUGGCAGGUGUUUGGACUAGAACAGAGGUUUGGACAGACCUUUUAGCAGCCUUUUAAAUUGUGAUCCUAUAGGCUGUUGUUGCUAAUCCAGUGGAGCAGGCUGUGCACAAACAGCAGAGGGACAGAGGCAGCCAGAGCUAAAUGGGCAGUGACUCUUUUGGAAGCACAUUUAUUACUUUUUUAACUAAGUAUCCACAGGAGAUUUUUUUUUUCCUCUUGCUGAGAGAAACUGUAAAAAUGGAUGGGCAGGUGGAUUUUGGCCCAUGUAUCCCUUCCAAUUCAAAAGUGAGGCUUUUGUAUACACUGCUUUAACGAGUUUCUUUGCUUUUACAUUAAUCUAACUGGUAUUAUCCCCUUUAUUGAUAGCUCUAGAGAGAGAGAUACUAUGAUGAAGUCUAAUAGGAAAUGCACUGAGUACUGUUUCUUCUGAAAUAUAAUAUGGGAAGGGGGUAUGCAAAAGAAUGUAUUUUUGCUAGUAGCCUAACUUCUGAGAGAGACUAAGCACAAGGGAUUAAAAUGGAUCCAACUAAUUCAGUAAGACAUUUAGAGUUAGUAUUUAACUGUUGAUGUAGAUUCUGUGUGGAAGCAACUAAAUAUUUCUUCUCUAACUCACAUCAGUCCUAAGCAGACAUUGUUGCAGAGUUUGUCACUGGCUAAUGGAGUAUAAUGAAGUGCAAAAUGUAUAACACUAGUAUUAAUUCAUUAACACUUGUAAAUUUGUAAAGCCAAAUGUACCAAGCUGAAGUCUUUAAUCAUUUUUAUAGCUGAUGGCAUUAAACAUGUUAAACAUUCAUAUUAUCAAUAAAGGAUUUUAUUUUUAAGA